GAGUGACGUCAUCGGCGCUUUCGGACUAUGUAUUUAGACCUGACCCCCACUACAAGUAUGAAAUAUUAAAAACCAUUAAAGGUGUGGGAUACACCCAUUAUGUCAUCAAUAUGACGUCACAGAAGUGGAAAACGGAGGCGGUAUCCAGUCAGCCAAUUUGGUGGCAUUAUCUAUCUAUGACGGUGCCGGAUAAACUGAAGUUCCCCAAUGAUGGUUUUCUCUUCAUAGAUGGUGGAGGAAAUCACAGCCCACCUCCGAACAUAACAGAUAACUUUGUUGCUUUGACAAUAAUGAUGGCUGUAAGCAGUGGUAUGGUUGGUGCUAAUUUAAAAAUGAUUCCCAAUGAGCCAAUCACAUUUGCCGCCGACCCAACCCACAAGGCUCGAGGGGAAGAUGCUAUCAUUGCUUGGACCUGGAAGACGUUUGUGCAAGUAAAUCAGACAGAUCCAGAGUUCCUACUUCGUUUCCCAAUGACCAAGGCUGCAGUCCGAGCUCUUGAUACGAUGGCAGACGUGGCGGUCAAGACAAAGGCGACGACAAAACUAGACCGCUUCUACGUGGCAGGAGCAUCCAAACGUGGCUGGACCACGUGGACAACUGGUGCCGUAGAUCCUCGAGUUAAAGCUAUCGCUCCCAUUGUUAUGGAUCUUUUACACAUGGUCAAGAACCUUCAUCAUCAUUUCCGGGCAUACGGUGGUUGGACUUUCGCCUUCAAGGAUUACUAUGAGCUGAACUUUACAGAAUUUCUCGAUCAUCCGGGCACUCAGAAGAUGGCCGACUACAUCGAUCCAAUCUCGUAUAACGACACGUUGACCAUGCCGAAAUUGAUCAUCACCACCGGCGGUGACGAGUUCUUCCUGCCUGACGACUCACACUACUACUACAACGACCUCGUCGGGCCCAAGUAUCUCAGGAUUUUACCAAACGCAGAACACAGCUGUGCCGGUCACGAGAUUGAUCUGUUCUUUGACAUGAGAAGUUUCUUCCUUUCUGUCGCCACGGGAACACCUUUACCUCAGGUGACUUGGAAGCGAGAAAUGACAGCUGAUGGAGGGCGGAUUACUGUAUUCUCCGAUGUUGCUGUAUCGAGAGUGCACGCAAUGUACGCAAAAACAAUCGAUGGGCUCAGACGCGACUUCCGUCUCUUGAUACGAGGUCCAGACGGUAAACCGUUUCCACAUCCGGUUAUUUGGAAUCACAGAGAAGUUCAACCUUUGGGGAAUAAUUCUUAUACGGUUGAAUUUGAGACACCUGAUAUAGGCUGGCUGGCUUUCUUCAUUGAGGUAUCUUAUGUAGGAGUUGACGACAGUGUUCUGGUGUUCACAACGGAGAAUCAGAUCAUACCAGACACAUUCCCCUUCCCAGACUGCCAUGGCGACGAAUGUCGUGGAACUCUGGUCUAACACUGCCAACUGGUUUCAGAGGACCAAACAGAACACAACCCUUCAAAAUACAUCGCCCGACUUUCCAGGAUGAACAAAACAGCUGUUCAUAUACUAUACUACAAUGUAGAAUUUGAUCAAUAAAUUAUUUUAGAUUGCA